AUGACCCUGACAAGGCACGGCCAAUCGGCUCAUAUGAGCACAACACUCCAACUCUUAGGGCGCGUACGUGAUUUGAGGAACAAGAGGCGAAACAUUGUGCUCAACGGCAACGACCUCGACAUUGCUUCCAUAGUGGCCGUCGCCCGUCAUGGAGUCGAGCCCAUUAUCAGCACGGACGAGCUGCUCGCCAAGCGGCUGGAGGCCUCCGUCGACACUCUAGCCGAUAUCAUCUCUCAGAAAUAUGUCAUAUAUGGCGUCAACACCGGUUUCGGAGGCAGUGCCGACACUAGAACCAACGAACUCAUCGACCUGCAGACCCAUCUGCUCCAAUUUAUCCAAAGCGGAAUCAUCACUACCGCUGACAAGGAUCCGUCCAGCAACUCGGAGCGGGAACCAUCCCACGUCAUGCCUCUCGCCUGGGUUCGAGCCGCCAUCGUGGCCCGAGCUAAUCAGAAUCUCAGGGGUCACAGUGCCAUCCGCCAGUGUGUGCUCAAGAGCCUGGUUGACCUCCUGCACAAUGGCAUUACUCCCCUAAUUCCACUUAGGGGAACCAUUUCUGCAUCUGGAGAUCUUAUGCCCAUGGCGUAUAUUGCCGGAGCAAUCAUGGGAAACCCAGAUGUCUUUGUUCAGGUGGGUAAGGGUGCACAAGCCAUAGUUAUGCCUUCCUCCGAGGCCUUGAAGAUGAGCGGGCUUUCCCCGUCGGGACUCGGUCCAAAGGAGGCACUUGGGCUAAUCAAUGGCACUGCUCCUUCUGUGGCAUUGGCAAGCUUGGCAUUGUAUGAUACGCAGCAACUUGCGUUGUUGUCUCAAAUGUUGACGGCUUUCGCUUCCGAGAGCUUGGCGGGAAAUGUAGAGUGGGCUCAUCCGUUUAUUCACGCCACUCGACCCCACGCUGGGCAAAUUGAGGUGGCAGGCAAUAUCCGGCGCUUCUUGAAGGGCUCCAAGUUUGUUGUUGGCUUGGACUCGCAGAAGACAUCCGGUGAUGGACUCUGCCAAGAUCGGUAUUCGACAAGAACAGCUCCCCAAUGGAUUGGACCUUACAUCGAGGACCUUCUCUUAGCGCAACAUCAGCUCGAAGUGGAGCUCAACUCCACAUCAGAUAACCCUCUGGUGGACACUAGCAAGCAACACGAUGGUUCUAGUGGGAGAGUGUACUCUGGUGGGAAUUUCCAAGCAGCUGCCGUCACAUCAGCUAUGGAUAAGGCUCGUUUGGCCAUUCAGAUGAUAGGACGAAUGAUUUGGUCCCAGGUCACUGAGAUUAUCAACCCUGCUACAAAUAAUGGACUCGAGGCAAACCUUAAUGCGACUGCACAAGAGAACUUCACCAUGAAGGGAAUCGACAUCAACAUGUCAGCGUACAUGUCUGAGUUGGCAGCCCUAGCACACCCGGUCUCUGCCCACGUUAUGUCAGCCGAGAUGCAUAAUCAGGGUAUCAACUCUCUUGCUCUGAUUUCAGCUCGACGCACUAUGGAGGCUGCGGAUCUGUUGGCACAUAUGAGUGCCUGCCAUAUAUAUGUCUCAUGCCAGGCUGUUGAGAUCCGGGCAAACCACGUCCGAUUCCUUUCAAAACUCCGCACCAAGAUGGAGGACUUCACCGCAAGCGGAGCCUUGUAUGGACUCGGAUUGAACGAUUUGCAGAUUGAGACGCUAUGCGCGUCACUCCUCCCCAUUGUCCAGUCGAGCUGGUAUCGCGCAAACUCCAAUACUUGGAAAGACCGUGUCUUGUCUGUGGUUGAUGCCGUUAUGUCGCCAGUGAACGAAUUCGUGGCCACUCACAACCCUGAUUGUUCAGUGUCAACAAUCCUCGCCUUUAAGAGUCAUUUCCAGAGCGUUGUAUCCAGCACAGCGGAGGAAAUAUUUUAUCCCGGUCCGACUAUUUCCCCCGAGGAGGUUGCUACGCAGCUCGGUGGGGGAACGGCACAGAUCUAUAACUGGGUGCGCUCGAAGCUGAACAUCCCUAUGAACUGUGGCCUCCAAGACGAUCCUUUGUAUAACGCCCAGAAGGGUCUCCCCACAAAGGGCAAAAGGAGCAUCGGAACCUCGGUAAGCAUGAUAUAUGAGAGCUUGCUUAAGGGUGAAAUGAUGGAUGUGGUUCUAGAGGGUUGGACGCAGGACUAG